UGCUCCUACAUCUCUAUUUACGUGCGUAUGUGUGUGAGUGAGCGAGGUAUCGCAUAUAGAUGUGCGAUACACGUGUAAUUCGUCUCGGCGAGAUGCAAUGCUGUGAGAAAAGACUCCACCGGUAUAAAAGGGGGUGUGUCUCGUAAGAUCCGCAUCAGUUUCAGUAGUGAUCUCUGCAUCGCCACACCAUUACCGCCACCAUGAACGCUAUACUUGUAUUAGCCAUUCUCAGCCUGGCAAUGCCUAUUUAUGGCGAAGAAACACAAGUAGAAAAGAAACAGGAGAAGAGGGGUAUCUUAGGGUUAGGUUACGGAGGAUACGGAGGAUACGGUGGAUUAGGAAACUCUCUGAUUGCGGGACCGGCUUAUGGAGGUCACGGACAAAGUUAUCUCGGUGUUGCCCCGGCAUUUGCUUCCUCGGGUCACGGCAUUUCCGCACCCGCCUAUAGUUACAGCAGCGUGCCCAUAGCGUCUCAUGGGUACAGCGCUCCUCUGGCUUAUCGUAUUGGUUAUUCUGGUGGUCCAGGGUACGGUGGUGCGAAUCUAGGAGGAUUCGGACACGGUGCCGCAGGAGCCGCAGGAGCCGGCGGAGCGGCCGGGGCUGACCGAUUGGGACACGGUCUCGGUGCUGGUCUCGGUCAUGCUGGUCUAGGUGCCGGUCUAGGUGCUGGUUACGGUGCCGGUUACGGUGCCGGUUACGGUCACGGAUGGUGA